CCCCAUCAGCGGAACAACCUCGAGCUAGCGACUCCCACGUCCACGGAGACCGGGACCGGCCGACGCCGACGCAGCCCUCGCCGAGUUGCCGCCAUGGCCGGAAGGCUGGUCUCCAUGCUCCGGUGGCCGCCAGACCUCGGGGGCCUGCCCAGCCAGCUGGCCGCCCUGCUGCCGUCGCCGACGUCAUACGCGUCCCUCCACUGGGACUGGCGGCCGGAGCAGCUCGGCGUGGCUAUUGGGCGGUGGCCCGAUCUCGUGCCGGACUUGCCUCUCGUCGCGGACGCCGUGCUCUGGGGCGUCGUCACGGCCGUCGAGUCCGUCGCGCUCAUCUCCAUGAUGUGCUGCUUCUUCCUCUUCUGCGGCUGCACGCUGUGAGAGCGACGGAGGAAGGAUGCAGCCAAUGAAGCUAGUGCACUAGCUACAAUAUGUGUGUAUCGGUGUAGCAGGAGGACCGUCAGGAGAAGAUGGGUGGUCUACAGCAUGCAUGGCGCGGCGGUCGCUCGCCCGUGUGCAUCAGGUCGCAUCACUCCCAUCUAGGAUAUCCAUGGGCAGAAGUGGCACGAUGGUCUCCGCCACUUGUGUGUUUCCUUGUACGCGUGCAUUAUGUUAAACUGUAUAUAUACGUAGACACUUGUAUACGUCUGUAAUUGUAUUGUACCCUUUGGUACUCCUAUAUAAUGAGAUAGCCACACCCCGUUUA